CCGCGCCCUCGUGCAUUCCCCUGCUUGACCCGCCGCGCCGGGCCGCGCCCCUGGCAGCAAUUCCAGCGUCCCGGGCGCGCUCACACCGGCCGCCCAGCGCGCACACGCCGAGAUGAACUUCUUCCAAUCGUGGCUCGACAACACCCUCACCUACAUGGACCUGCUGCGGCUCCUGCCCGAUGCCCUGCUGCAGAUCCUCGCCCUGAAGACGCAGAUUCGCGAGGUCGCCGGCGGCAUGCCCGGCUGGAAGGCCUCCCUCUGGCUGGAAGUCCGGCCGCCAAAGAAGGUGGCACUCCCCGCGCAGCUGGACACCCUCCAGGUGCUGGCCGCCUCCUUCCGGCAGGGGCUGCUGCUGGUGGUGGCAUCCAUGGUCCUGAUGCAGGCCAACUUCCUGCAGCAGCUGCGCAUGACCGGCUCGCCGGACGCCGGCGAGAUGGCCCCCCACCCGGAGGACAUCCACCCGCUGGCCCAGCACCACACCCGGCAGCUGGUGCUCCUGGAGGGCCUGCUGGUCCACUUGAGUAACCCCUCCCUGGGCGGGUCGUACCUGGCUCUGGUCCAGUUGGGCUCCCACCUGACCGAGGAGGCCCACUUCUGGGCCACACUCCUCCAAGACAAGGAAGCCACCCUCCACCGGUCCUUUUGGCACGAGGUCCCGGCCCGGUGCAACCCCUGGAACUGCCCCACAUACAUGGCUCUCGAGGGCCAGGUGGCUUCCCUGCGCCGGGUGCCCCCCUUCCUGCGGCGGCUGGCCCACAGUGUCGGCCUCUUUCGGCGGUUCUCCCUGGAGUGCGGGUUUAGUGUGCUGCCAGCGGGAACCCUCCUCCCUAGCAGGCUUCCCCCGGCCAGCCAGGACAUCUAUGAGCCCAUGGCAUCCUGGCUGGUGGCCCAGCAGAGCGCCGAACGCGAGGAGUCCGCCCUCGGCGCAAAUGCCCCAGCCCCCGGGCCCCCUGUCGCCCCCUGCUGGAAUGACGCCAUCAACCACCUCUGGCGCGACCUGGCCUCCAUGCGCGAGGCGCUCAUGACCUACAAUGCGCUGCUGCUUCUCCUGGACGCCCAGCGCCGCCUGCUGCCGGUCCCUUCGCCGGACCCGGAGCCGGUGGCCUCACCGGAUGGCCAGCCGCCGCCGGCCCUUCGCCUCAGCAUGGAUCGUUGGUUCCCGAGGUGUGGCUCGCCGGCGCGCGUGGCCGUGGCCAACCCCCUGCCGGACUUGACCGCCGCCAUUGGACGCGUGGAGACCCUGUUCAUUGCAUUCAAGCGCACUUCCAAGAGCGCCCUGGCUCGCAUGUGGGCCGCCCGGGCCCCGGGCGAGGACCCGGACUUGGCCAUGCCGGUGGAGGACGUAUGCGCCGACCGACGGGUGCAACGCUUCGACCACCUGAUCGGGCGCCUGGCCCUGGAGAUCCGGUGUCUUGGUCGUGAGGAUGCUCCUCCGGCGGGGGUUGCCGAGGCCGAGCACCUGCAAGCUCUUCUGGCCCAGGAGGGCGAGUUCCUCCUGCAGACAACCACACGCGCUCACACCAUCCGGCGCUCGGUCGGCCAGCCGGAUCUGAUGGGCCGGGUUGACGCCGUGCUGUGCGAUCUCCAGCAGCAUGCUCGUGAGCUGGGCCGGCUGGCGGGACGCGUUGAGGACUUCGUCGGGGAUGCCCUCGCGCGGCCGCCCGGCGUGCCGAUGGACCUGGCCAAGCGGCUGCUGUUCGAGGACGAGGCCGGCGCCGUGCGCGGCCAGGCGGCCCGCCUCCCGGUCCGGGUGGAUCUCCCGACCCCGGCUGACGACGUGCCCGACACCGCCGACAGGCUCCUGUGCCCGGAGGGGCAGGCCCACCAGGAGCGCCUCUUCCGCAUGCAUGCCCCGCUCCUGGCCGGUCCUCUGGCCGCCGCCAUGUAUGCAUCCUCCGUCGAGCACUUCUCCCUUCGACUGGAUGUGCUCCUGCGCCCCAGGCGCCGGACACUGGCCUCUCAACUGGCCUCCCUGUGGAAGUUUGCCACUUGUCUUCCCUGACCUGGGCAUUGGACCAUGCAGCAAUGAUACAUGUAGCGCGCCA